UUUAAAAACAUAUUUCUCUCCACUCAUAAAGAAUUUUUACGUUGAAGAAUAAACACAACUGAAAAUUACUACUACUUAAAUUGGUAGUGACUUAACAAAGAUGUUGUAUUGAUUUUAUGUCCCCUGGUAGUAAUUUUAUUAUCAUAAGUAGCAUUUUAUAAUUAGUAGGUAAUUGAUUGUUUUACAGAAUACUACUAAUAGUUAUCAAAUAUCACUGCAAGUAAAUAAGAAUCUUUUUUUUAUAGUGCAAGUAAAUAAAAAUCACUACUAAUACAUAUAAAAUCACUACUACACGAAAAAGAGAUUGAAAAGAAAAAAAUGUGCUUCGGAGCUCUCCCCUCUCUCCUCCGUCAGGGGAGAGAGCUUGGAUAUCUCCUGGCCUCCAUGAUCAACGCGAUCUUCCCGAGAUGUCUUCGGAAUCAGGGCGUCCAUUGUGUGUGGUCGCCGGGUGCUCAGCAGAGCCGUUUACCUACAAGAUUAGAAGGUAAGGUUUGUUCUAGUAUGCCGUCCAAGAAUGCUUUGCAAGGACGCAGAGGCGUUUACCGGAGCAGGUGUGGCUUGGCGGCUGCAAGUUCGUGCCAUCCAAAGGAUGGUCAUCGAAAGUGGAAGCUUGGGUUUAUCCUGGCUGAGAACUUUGUUCUUGAUAACAUGAAGCGAAAAAAACUAGCCAAGAUAGCAGUUUGGCGAUUCGUCAUCCCUUCCAUGGAGGAUUGGGAACCUGAGGCACAUGAUCAACUUCCGGAGCCGUCAAAUUUGAUGGGGUCUGUAACCGGAGUAUAUCCAGUCUCAGAGGCUUAUUUUAAUGGUGCGCGGUCAGAGGUUGCCUCGCAGAAAACCGAUGAAAAGAAUCUGUUCGCUGGUUCAUGUCCAGUGGACUUACAGCUGGGAGAGGAGUCCCGACGUUCGCUGAUCAGUGUCUCCGGUGAGAUUUGCUGGGCCGCCUAUCAGCCCAGAGUUGGCUUCCGAUUUCGUCGGAUAGCAGUUGGGGGGAUAUUUAUUAAAAAUCUUUUUUCCAAUUCCGUUGGGAUUUCUCCUCAUUUGGGUAGAAUUCCGAAACGGGUAAAGAAGAGUUCCUCUUUGAGGCGAACUCAACCUUCUGUUACCUCUGUGAUACCGAAGAUCACUGGGGGAAGAUUUGAUCACCACUAUAAAGGACUAGCUUUGUGGCCGACUAAUCUCACUUUUCCUUUGAGAAUUCUGUCGACGACAAAAACGGUGGUUGCUCCUUCUUCUCCCAGGCGCGCUUUCGGCACAGGUAUGGUUCUUGAUUCUCAUCAGUGUAGUUGCAGUAGCUAUGUUACUAUCGUCAAUCCUCAGAGCACAGGGCCUUCUCUUGCUCUGGAGACCCUCUCUUGUGAGCGGGAAUCGUACCCAUUGAAAGGCUCGAAUGAGCCUGAGCUGUUCGCUUUUUCGCAGCUGAAGUUUCCCUUGGUUUCUAACCACUCUUCUUCGCAGGACAACAUCAUGGACCAUAUUUCGAAUGACCAAGUAGUUCAGUUUUCAAUGGAGGAGGUACAAUGUUCAAGGUACCGUGCUGCACACUCUCUACUUGGUCGGGUCUUCACGGAGAACAGAAUCUCCACUACGGAGCUCCGGGAAUCUAUGAUUGCUCCAUGGCUGAUUCAGGGGCGAAUCCGAGUAGUCCAGGCAAAGCAUGGACUUCUUGAAUUCAUGUUACCGAAUGAGGAAGCUAAGACUACGGACACCAUGGGUUAUCAAUGAAAAGAUCAUCAAUCUUCGGGCAUGGGCACCGAUCAUCACGAAGCAGACUUAUGAUGAUCUCGCUGUUGCUCCGUUUCGUGUUCAGCUGUGGAAUGUCAAGGAAGACUGAUGCACACAACAGUUCGGGAGGAAAAUGGUGCAAAACACUAUUGGGAAGGUUCUAGAGUCAGGGGUGUUUGCCUGCCAAGACUCGGGUUGCUGGUUCGUGAAGGUUAAGGCGCUCAUUGACUUCUCCAAGCCUCUCCGAUCACAGAUCCUUGCAACAAAUGAUGAGAUGGGUUGUUUCUGGGUCAGCCUAAAAUAUGAACAUUUGCCGAGUUUUUGCUUCCAUUGCGGCCGCAUGGGGCACUCAAGCCGAUCAUGUGCCUUCGACCCUCCAGCCCAGAAAGAGAAGUUCGGUCCUUAUAUGAGCACCAAGAAAUUGGGGACUCGGAU